CUUGUCCGCUCGACGCUGCACCGAGUACUGGUGCGCUGUUCAGUGCGCAGUGGGACGCAGUGGGACGCUGGUUUUACGGUGCAAUGGGAGCCUUUGGACCGCGGCGUUCGUUGGAAAUGUGGAUCUUGUCCCUGCUUAUAUGGACAGAUGCAAGCGCGUUUAACCUGGAUACUCACAACGUGCUGAGGAAAACCGGGGAGCCGGACAGUCUCUUCGGAUUCUCGCUGGCGAUGCAUCGGCAGCUACAACCCACGGAUAAAAGAAUACUGUUAAUUGGAGCCCCAAGGGCCAAGGCGUUAUCCAAUCAGGCAGCUAACAUCACGGGGGGUCUGUACAGCUGUGACAUCACCACCCAUUCAGACGACUGUGAUCGGAUCGAGUUCGACAAUGACGCUGACGUGCGCAUGGAGAAUAAGGAGAAUCAAUGGAUGGGAGUGAGUGUUCAAAGCCAGGGCCCUGGAGGAAAGAUCGUGACAUGCGCGCACCGCUACCAGAGGCGUCUGUUCGCAAACACGCCGCAGGAGUCGCGCGACAUCACUGGCCGAUGUUACGUGCUCAGCCAGGACCUGAGCAUCGACAGCCAAUCAGACGAGGAUGGCGGGAACUGGAAGUUUUGCGAGGGUCGUGCCAGGGGUCAUGAGAGGUUCGGCGCCUGCCAACAGGGCCUGGCAGCAGCCUUCACCAGAGACUACCAUUAUGUCAUCUUCGGAGCCCCGGGGGCUUACAACUGGAGAGGUGUGGUGCGGGUGGAGCAGAAGAACAACACCCUGCUGGAGAUGGGAUUUUACGACGAUGGGCCGUACGAGGUCGGGGAUGAAAGCCGCCUGGAGCCAGAUCUGGUGCCUGUGCCUGCCAACAGCUACUUAGGUUUCUCGCUGGAUUCUGGCCACAGCAUUACUGAAAAGGGCAAGCUGAUUAUUGUGUCUGGAGCUCCAAGAGCCAAUCACAGUGGAGCUGUUGUCCUAUUACGAAAAGAGGGGGAGGUGUCCACCAUGCUGUCUCCGGAGCAUGUUCUGCAAGGCCCUGGACUGGCGUCCUCGUUCGGAUAUGACGUGGCAGUGGUGGACCUAAAUGGAGACGGGUGGCAGGACAUAGUGGUGGGAGCUCCUCAGUUCUUCCAGCGUGAUGGUGAGGUUGGGGGGGCCGUGUACGUCUACAUCAACCAGGCAGGGAGAUGGAGCAGCGUCGUCCCCACCUGCCUCAGUGGAACUAAAGACUCCAUGUUUGGACUGGCAGUGAGGAACAUAGGAGACAUCAAUCUGGAUUCCUAUGAGGAUAUAGCAGUAGGAGCUCCCUAUGCAGAUGGAGGAUCUGGUAAAGUGUACAUCUAUCAUGGAUCUGCUGAUGGUGUUAACACAAAACCAGCCCAGAUUCUGGAAGGGACACACCAUGGUGUAAAGAUGUUUGGCUAUUCGUUGGCUGGGAACAUGGACCUGGAUGGAAACUCCUAUCCCGAUCUUGCCAUCGGGUCUCUUUCCGAUGCCGUGUUUGUUUACAGGGCCAGACCUGUCAUCAGUAUCAGGAAAGAAAUCAAGGUCACGCCAAAGGAAAUUGACCUGACGAAGAAAACGUGUGGCAAUAGCAUUUGCUUGACUGUUGAAGCUUGCUUUACCUACAAAGCAAAUCCUGUCACGUACAACCCCAAACUGACCAUUUCCUGCACGCUGGAGACGGAGGCGCUCCGCCGGAAGCAGGGCUUGCCCUCUCGUGUGGCCUUCCUGAACAAGACGUCAGCUGAUCAGGACUUCCAGUCUACAGGACGCCUGGAUCUGAGAGGACAGAACAAAAGGACCUGCUACAAGGCCAAGCUUCGGCUGCAGGAGAACAUCAAGGAUAAGCUGAGGGCAGUCCCCAUCGAGGUGUCUGUGGCCAUCGAGAGAGCUCAGAGACAGAAGAGACAGAGCUCUCUACCAGAGCUGCUGCCUGUGCUUGACCUGAGCGCGCCCAACAGGACCAGCACGGAGGUGAACUUCCUAAAGGAGGGAUGUGGGGCCGAUAAUAUUUGCCAGAGUAACCUGCAGCUCCACUGCAGGUUCUGUUACAGAGAAACCAACCAGGACAUCUUUCCUCCAUUACCCUUGAAGAAUGGCAUUGCGGUGGUGUCUCUGAGCGACCAGAAGGACAUUGCCCUGGAGGUCACGGUGAAGAACAGGAAUGGAGACGAUGCCCACGAAGCCAAGCUAGUCGGGCUGUUUGGCGAGUCGCUGUCAUACUCUGGGUUCAGAUCCCAGAGGACCACGGACAAACAUGUGAUCUGUGCGGCCAAUCAGAAUGGAUCCCAAGCAGAGUGUGAGCUGGGGAAUCCGUUUAAAAGAGACUCGGAGGUCACCUUUUACAUCAUACUGAGCACGGCAGGGAUCUCUCUUAAUACCACAGAGGUGGACGUCCGCCUCCAGCUGGAAACGACGAGUCUGCAGGAAGGUUUGAGGAGAGUGAGAGCGAAAGCUAACGUCGUGAUCGAGCUCCUGCUCUCCGUGCAAGGGGUUGCCAGACCGUCUCAGGUGUACUUUGGAGGAGAGGUUAGAGGAGAGAGUGCCAUGAAAUCAGAAGAGGAAGCUGGCAGUUUGAUCGAAUAUGAGUUCAGGGUAAUAAACCUGGGAAAGCCUCUGAAGUCUUUUGGCACAGCGUCCCUCGACAUCCAGUGGCCCAGAGAGAAUAGCGUGGGGAAGUGGCUCCUCUACCUGGUGAAGGUUGGCUCCAAGGAACUGGAGCAGCUCACCUGCUCCCCUGAGAAUGAGAUCAACCCCCUGGGGCUGGCAGAGGGAUCCACUUUGUCCAGGAGAAAGCGUGAGGCAGAGGAAAGAAUCACAUCGGAGAGAGGCAAAAUAUCUCUCUUUACAGAUCAAAGGAAAUACAGGACUCUGUCGUGUUCUGGGGAUGCAGGCUGCGUGGAGAUCAGAUGCCCCCUGCUGGGCCUGGAUGGUAGUGCAGACAUUAUACUGCGGUCCCGCCUUUGGAACAGCACUUUCCUCGAAGAUUAUGCUUCCUAUAAUUACCUUGAUUUGAUAGUCACCGCGUCCAUCAGCCUUGAUGUUUCUGCCAAGAACCUUGUGCUGAAAAAUCCCGAAACGCAGGUGAGACUGACGGUGUUCCCGGAACACACCGCGGCUCAGUUUGGCGGGGUUCCUUGGUGGAUAAUUCUCGUGGCAGUCCUAGCUGGAAUCCUGAUGCUCGCUCUCCUUGUGCUCCUCCUCUGGAAGUGCGGCUUUUUCAAACGUUCCAAAUACGAAGACAGCAUCCCCAAGUACCAUGCAGUGAGGAUCCGGAAGGAGACGCGUCAGUUUACGGAUGGAAACGGCAUGUUUGACCCCUUUGAAAAGAAGCAAUGGAUGACCAUGUGGAGUGAGAAGGAGAGUUCCUCGUGAAGCUCCCACCUCAGCGGUGGGAGGAAACACUAGGACCAUGUGAGGUGCCAUGAGGAGUGAGGUACACUGAGGCAGAACUUCAGAUCCAUGUUGUCAGAGUGGAGAACCAAACUUAAGCUCUUUCCACACACUGGAUUUGGCUGCAGGAUGCUGUCAUCUCUGAACAGACCAGGCACAUGAUUACAGAUGUAACUUUUUUUUUCUUUGCUGUUGACUUUGCGAGCAGAAUGGAGAUACACUACGUCAUUUUAGAUGAUUCCUGGAAUGCUGAAGACUGAACCAGUGUGUUUUAAAUACUGAAGUAUUCACACAUAUUGUUUAUUUAUUUUCUUUUGUGAUUAAUUAGCCAAAGAUUCUGUAAGUUUCAAAACUUUCUAAAAGUCUGAAAACCGUUUUGUCACAAGAAGAUUAUACGGCUAGAAAUAACCGUUUGUGCACGUUGUGUAAUCCUACACUGAUGAUAAUGACAGCACUGUGAUCAUGGAACAGUCAUUACCGGGGAACUCACUCGACCGAGGCUUUGUAUGUGUUUUGAAUGUGUGUCUGCGUUCAGUGCUCUGUAGUCAUUAAUAAAUCUCAGGAAGAUCUUAGUAAGUUAGCCCAUAAGCUGAACCAGGUGUGAAAACAAGGACAACCGAACAAAACACAGCAAAUCUUUAAUGUUUAAUGUGACUGUGAAUGAGAGAGCACAAAUAUGGGCACAUUACCGUAAUCCACAGGUAUCCAGGGCCGCAAUGGCUGUAGGUAUCACGUUUCAAACCUGCCACGACCUUCCGGUUUCACAAUGAGCCCAUGCCAGUUGGUUCUAAUUACUUUGGAAGCUGAGAUACAGUGAACAUGUGGACUGGCAUAAAGUUCUAAAAACUGGCCUGAAUUAGUCUGAAAACAACGUGGAACUUUUUCAGCCCUCUAUAGUCCGUCCACUCACAAUCGGAGAACUGACCGUGUGUCGGUGAGCAUCCUUUGUAGUCACUUUAACAGUGCUUGACGCAUUUCGGAGUUUUUCAUGAAUGAUCUUGUUUGGUCAAAAGGCAGUGUUAACUGUUUUUUUUUUUAUAUACAUUUAUAAAGGCCUGUAUAUGUUUAUGCAAAACUUUCUAAAUGUAAAUCAUAAAGUGAGUUGGACUUUUA